AUGAACAAUCACAUAUUGAAAGAAGAUACGGAAGUCGGAACCGUUGUUUACACUUUGAAAGGUUACGAUCCGGAAAAUUCAACCGUCAAAUAUGGGAUACUCGGUACGGAUGUUUUGACCGUGAAUCCAGAAUCUGGAGAAGUUACACUUGUUAAACCUUUGGAUCGAGAGGUUAAUGACACGCUCAAACUUUACGUAACGAUAGAAGAUGAAGUUGAAUCGAUGCAGGACAGUAAUAAAGUUACCGGAAACGGAAAUAACGUCGUCAGAGCGGAUGUAACAUUGAUAAUAACGGACGUCAACGACAAUCCGCCGGUUUUUCUAGACGCACCCUACGACAUAACGGUGUCGGAAAACGAAAAAGUCGGCACGACGAUAUUUCAAAAUAUAAAAGUAUCAGAUGCGGAUUUGGUCGGAGAUCCAUUGGAAGUUUUUUGCGUCGUGCCAGAUAAACUACCCAACAACUGCAUGAAAUUUUCCGUUAUAUCCGUAGAAUCGACGGAACAACAUUUCAGAGGCGUCGUCGUUCUCCAGGAACCUCUGGAUUAUGCUAAAAAACAAUUUUAUCAUUUGACACUAUUCGCGACGGAUGGAAAGCAUAAUGCGACGGCGGUGACGGAAAUAAAAGUUGUCGACGUUCAAAACACUCCGCCGGUUUUCGACAGUUCGUUUGUCGGCGUCGUACAAGAAAAUGCAGAAAUCGGAACAUUGGUAUUGACCGUUCACGCAAGAGAUGGAGACAUUGGAAAUCCACGUGAAAUCGUUUACGAAUUGGUCACGAAUCCGCAAGAUUAUUUUCUUCUCGAUGGUAAAACUGGAGAAUUGAGAACAGCCAAACCUUUGGACAAAGAAUCACUCGAAGAUUCUACCGGAGUUUUAACAUUGAAAAUCAGAGCACACGAAGUUGAAAAUGGCAUCGUUCUCAACGAUUCGUUAUCGGUCACGACGAAACAAGCAACGAUAACGAUAAAGGAUAUCAAUGACGAACCCCCGCGUUUUAACGAACGUGAAUAUUUUGUCGAAAUACCUGAAAAUUUUCAAUCAAACACUCCGCUUCCGAGAUUAAACAUGUCGGUCACUGAUCCCGACGUGGGUAAUAAUUCAUUGUUUUCCCUGAGAUUAUACGACGUGUCUGGUGUUUUUGCCGUGGAACCAACUCAAGCUUCCGGUUCGACUUCCGUCAGUAUCAGAAUCGCCAACGGAACUCUCGACUACGAAAAUCCGAAUCAGAGAAAAUUUCUCAUUUUGGUCGUCGCAGAAGAAAUAAGCGACGUACCGGAAAGAUCAUCGACGGCAACAGUCACGGUCGCAAUCACCGACGUCAAUGAUAACGCUCCGUAUUUCGAAAACGUCGAUCCAAGAACGGGAUCUUAUUCCGCGACGGUAUCGGAAACUGCAUCUCCCGGAGAACUCGUCACGAGCAUACUAGCCAAAGACAAGGACAGCGGAAGUUAUGGAGUGAAAGGAAUAGUGUAUCAGCUCGAAGGAAACGGUUCGGAAAAAUUUUCAGUGAAUUCGAAAACGGGUGUCGUCGUCGUUGCAAAAUGUGAAAAUCCUGGAAAACCUCAAUGUUUGGAUUACGAAACGAAAAACAUUUACGAUUUGACUUAUAAGGCGACGGACGAUGAAGGAAAAGGACAAUCGAAUCAAGUUUCAUUGAGAAUAUCUUUAAAAGAUGAUAAUGAUAAUCCUCCGGUUUUCGAACGUUCUCAAUAUCAAACCGUCAUUGACGAAGGUUCGAAUAAAUUUCAACCGCCUUUUAAAAUAACGGCACACGACAAAGAUGAAACGAGUCAAAUUGAAUAUUAUAUAGUGACCGGAAACGUUAAUAAUUUAUUCUCACUUGAUCCCCAUUCUGGAGAAAUCACCGUGACGGAUAAGAAAAACGGUUUGAACAUGACCGGAGUUUCGAAUAACGUCAUCGAACUCGUCGUUCAGGCGACGGAUGGAAAAUAUUCUAGCAACGCCACCGUUUCCAUAACCGUCAACGACGUCAACAACAACGCUCCGGUGUUUCAAGAAUCCCAAUAUCACGCGACGAUACUUGAAAAUUCAAUGAGAAACACGGAAGUUCAAUCCGUCAUCGCACACGAUUCGGAUUCCGGAAGUAAUGCCGAAGUCAAAUAUCAAAUAUUGAAAGGAGGAUUCGGGGAUUUUCACAUAAACGAAGACACGGGAGUCGUUUACGUGUCGCAAAAACUCGAUUACGAUCGUCAUUCGAAUUAUUCAAUCGAAAUAAUCGCUUUCGAUGCCGGUGUUCCGCAGUUAACGGGAACGACUACGCUUUUGGUAGAAGUCAUUAACAGCAACGACAAACAACCGUAUUUUUCACCGGAAUCACAAAGAACGGAAGUGAGCGAAUCGGCUCCCAUAGGUACCGUUGUUUAUAAACUUCACGCCAUCGAUCCCGAUGUCGCUCGGGAGGAUGAUCUUAGGUACGAAAUAACCGAACCUAUAAUAGCCAUAGACAGCAAUGGAAAAUCCGUCAGUCACACGAAGGAAUACGAGGAAUUUUUCAAAGUGGAUCAUCACACGGGUAAAGUUUUUGUCGCUAAAUCCCUUAAAAGAGAUGUUGCAUCCAUAAUAAGGCUCACGGUCGUCGUGACGGAUGUUUCCGCGACAACUCUUCAACAAGGAAAAGGUACUUUAACCAUCACUAUAAUCGAUGUGAACGAUCAUUAUCCGACUUUCGACGAGCCUUGGACGGUUGAAAAUCCUCGAUAUCAAAUCGAUUUAAUCGAAGGGCAAAACGAAGACACGGUAGUCGCAACGUUUACGGCCGAAGAUGCUGAUUCCACGAUUGCAUACUACGAUAUAAAACCGGAAAGUCCAUUUUUCAAAAUCGACAAUACUUCGGGAGUCGUAAGAUUGAAAAAAGAAGUCGAUUACGAAAGAGAAAAAAAACUUAAUUUUACGAUCUGGGCUCAUGAUUCAGGGGUGCCACAAUUUUCUUCGUCAGCAGAAGUCAUCGUCAACGUCAUCAACGUAAACGAUAACGAUCCCGUCUUUUCUCAGACCGAAUACAAAGCUUCCGUUCCUGAAAAUUCAUUCAUCGGAACACUCAUAACGAAAGUGACGGCAACGGAUGCUGAUGCGGAAAGUUACGGACAAGUGACGUAUAGUUUGGUCGGAGAACACAGCAACGAUUUCACAUUGGGACUCGAAAAUGGCGAACUCAGAGUAGCCAAUCCUGCCAUACUAGAUAGAGAAGACGUGAAAAAAAUCACGGUUGAAAUUGUUGCAAGUGACGGUGCUCCACCGGAUACAAGGAGAGCGGUAUCAGUUCCGGUUCACAUCACAAUAUUAGACGUGAACGAUAACGCUCCGUCAUUCGUUCAUAAAAAUUACAAAGCGACAAUUGUUGAAAACAUUGAUUUGAAUCCACCGGCGAAAAUUGUACAAGUACACGCAAUGGAUCCCGAUGAUGGAUCUUACGGAACCGUUUCUUAUUCCAUCGUCGGUGGCAACUUGGACGACGUAUUUCGAAUAGAUUCGGAAACGGGAAUAUUAUACCCGAAAAAAUCUCUUCACGGUCAACCGAGACAUUUUCAUUUGGUCGUAGAAGGAAGGGAUGCCGGGGAUUUGACAGAUAGAGCAACCGUCGAUAUCGACAUACUCAACGUGAAUCAAAAUAAGCCGACGUUUAUAAUGCCGGCAUCGUUGAAUGCAACCGUCGAAGUGCCCGAGAACGCUGGCCUCGCUGAUUAUUUGGUAAUGAAAGUGAGAGCAAACGAUGCCGACGAGGGUGAAAACGGUAGGAUAACAUACCAUUUUAAAGUCAACGAAACGGACGUUCAAGAAACGGAUGAAUUUUUCAUACAUCCCGACACUGGAGAUUUAAGAACUAAAAUCAUACUCGACAGAGAAGUCAAGUCAAAAUACGAGCUUCUCUUGGUUGCCAAAGAUCACGGAUCGCCGACAUGGUUCGAAACGCUCAGAUUGUUAACCGUCCUUUUGGUCGACACGAACGACAACGAUCCUGAAUUCGAAAGCGAAAGAUACGAUUUUUCCGUAUCGGAAAAUUUACCCGUCGGUGUGACGAUCGGUCAAGUCGUGGCAGUCGACAAAGACGAAGGAAAACACGCCAGAAUUUACUACAGCAUAAUAUCCGGAAACGAAGAAAAUUGUUUCACGAUCGAUCGAACGACGGGUAAAAUAUUGGCAAACGUGAGUUUCGAUCGAGAAUUUCAAGAUCAAUAUCAUUUAUUCAUAAGAGCGACAAACGAUCCGGAUUAUUUUCACACGAAAGAAGAACGGAAACACAGAGACAUAUUGGAAAGAGAUCCGAGCAUAACGAACGUUAGAAUCACUAUAUUGGACGAUAACGAUAAUCCUCCGAAAUUUGAAAAAGCCGAAUAUUACGCAGGAAUCAAAUCCUUGGCCGCGAUAAACGAAUUCAUAGCAAAAAUAUUAGCAGAAGAUCCGGAUUUGGCCGAAAACGGUACCGUUCAAUAUUACAUAGCCGCAUCCAAUUUGUACAAAUCGGGUUCGAACAAAUUGAGCGGAUCCGUUAUACCCUCGCCGUUCAACAUAAGUUCGGAUGGUAAAAUAGUUACCGCCACGUACAUGGCCGAAUACAAUCAAGAUAGAUUCAUAUUGGAAAUCAUAGCUAAGGAAAAAGCGUAUCCGAUGAGAGAAGCGAGGGCUAAAGUACACGUUUGGGUGUUUGAACCGAAUCAAUUAAUUCGAGUCAUACUUUCGAGACCUCCCGAAGAAGUUCACAGGGAACGUGAUGAAAUAAUAGCAGAACUAUCGAACGCGACUCAAAGUUUAGUCGUCGUGGAUGAUGUGAGGUAUCACGUGGACAUUGCAAAACACGUUCAUCGCGAUUGGACUGACAUGUAUUUACACGUUGUCGAUAACAAAACUCAAAAUAUUGUGGAUAUAGUCGAAGUUCUUAAAGUGAUCGAUGCUAAAUAUGAUUUCUUAAAAGAUUAUUACACGGGAUUUGCCAUUGAAAACGUUGUGCCAGCUUUGGAAGAAGUCAGAGAAGAUAAAUUCGAUUCAGCAUUGGCUGCUCUUAUAGCAUUAGUUAUUGUUUUGUUUGUUGGUUGCAUAACGUUUGUUGUAGUUUGUUGUUGUUUAAGAAAUUGGAUUUUAACUCCCAUUCCAAACGACGAUUUGAAAAAGAAAGAUGCAUUGAUAAAAAAAGCAAUUUUAGAAGAGCUCAACACGACGGAAAAUCCACUUUGGAUAGAACAAAAAUUAAAAUUGUACGAAGAACAAGAGCUCACCAUGCAAGUUUUCAUUGAUCCAGAUAAUAACGACACUCUUCGGAGAAACAGCGGGGUAGACAUGCCCCAGGGUGACAAUACGUAUGCCACGAUACAGCAUCCAAAUCAUCAUCAUCAUCACGUAUCUAACAGAGUUUCGGAUGAUAUCGGAGAUUACGAAACGCUAACAAAUAAUCACAGACGUCCGAGCAGUAAUUGCAGUUCGUCGAGAGGACCGUCACAAUCACACCAGUCUUACGAAGCCUCGCUAGGAUUUCAAGGUUCGACGUUUCAAGUUCCGCUCCCGCCAACGCCUCCUACCGUCGAACAACGGAAUCAUUCAUCACCCGAACUCAUAGCCGAUGUUUAA